UUAAGUACUUGACAAAACUAAUUAAGCUAUGUAUAGCUUCCUAGUUUUUAUUGCCAAUUCAUGUUGUAUCAUCUCAUUCUUCACAUUCUUAUUAUCUUUGAAACAAUAGGAAUAUAUCUUGGUAUAUAAGUCACACUUAUGAAACAUAAAAAAAUUUCUUCCUCUUCCUUCAACCAUGGUUGGACUUAUGAUGUUUUUGUUAGUUUCUAUGGCGACGAUACGCGUUACGGUUUUACAGGCAAUCUUUGUAACACCUUAAAUAUUAAAGGAAUCAACACUUUUAAAGAUGACAUCAAACUUAAGAAAGGAGAAGAGAUUUCAAUCGAUCUUCUCGAAGCGAUCGAUGAGUCGAGGAUUGCGAUAAUUGUUUUUUCGGAAAAUUAUGCAUCAUCAACUUGGUGUCUUGAUGAACUUGUGAAGAUCAUGGAGUGUAAGAAGGAAAAGGGACAAUUGGUUCGUAUAGUUUUUUACUAUGUUGACCCUUCAAAUGUAAGGCAUCAAAGGGGAAGUUUUGGAAGGUCAAUGACUAUGCAUGAAGAAAAUAUGAACAUUAAUAAAGAAAAAGUGUGUAAAUGGAGAAGUGCACUUUCAAAGGCAGCAAAUUUAUCAGGAUGGCAUUUCAAAAAUGGGUAUGAAUUUGAAUUAAUUCAAAAGAUAACUGAAGAAAUAUCUAGCAAAUUAAAUCUUAGUCCUUUACACAUAGCUGAUCAUCCAAUUGGGUUGAAUUACAAAAUGUCACAAGUGAUUUCACUUCUAGGAAUCAAAUCUAAUAAUGAUGAUGAUGAUGUUUGCAUGGUUGGAAUUUGUGGAAUUGGUGGCAUUGGUAAAACAACACUAGCAAAAGCUCUAUAUAAUUCAAUUUCAAGAAAAUUUGAUGCUUCAAGUUUUCUUGUUGAUGUAAGAGAAAAUUCAAUGAAACAUGGUCUAGUGCACUUGCAAGAAACCCUAAUUCAUCAUUUACUUGAAGAAAAUAUAAAAUUAGAUGAUGUGAGCAAAGGAAUUCCUAUAAUAAAAAGACGAAUUCGCAACAAGAAAGUUCUUUUGAUCCUCGACGACGUCGAUAAUCUUCGACAAUUAAGAUCAUUGGUUGGAAGAAAUGAUUGGUUUGGUUUAGGAAGUAAGAUUAUCAUAACUACAAGAGAUAAACAAUUGUUAGCUGCUCAUGGAGUUGAAAAAAUAUAUGAAGUGAAAGAAUUGAAUGAUGAUGAAGCUCUUGAGUUAUUUAGUAUAAAUGCUUUUAGAAAAAAUGUGCCUAAUGAAAGUUAUAUGGAGAUAGCAAAAAGUGUAGUGAAAUAUGCAAAAGGCCAUCCAUUGGCUUUGAAUGUAAUAGGAAGUGAUUUGUUUGGCAAAACAAUAGAAGAAUGGAAAAGUGCAUUGAAAAAAUAUGAAACAAUUCCAAACAAAGAGAUUUUGAAUGUGCUUAAAGUUAGUUAUGAUAAUUUGGAUGAUAAUGAAAAGGAGAUUUUCCUUGAUAUUGCUUGUUUCUUCAAAGGAUAUUUGAAGGAAGAUGUCGAAAAGACACUAGACGCGAGUCGAUUUUAUUCGAAAUAUGGAAUUGGAGUACUUGUUGACAAAUCUCUUGUAACAAUUAAUGAGUCCAAUUCAGUUAAGAUGCAUGAUCUUGUACAGGAUCUUGGUAAAAACAUUGCUAGGAAGGAGUCUCCGUUCGAUCCGAGCAAACGAAGAAGAUUAUGGCAUCAUGAGGAUGUCUUUGAAGUUUUGACAAAAAACACGGGAACUGAUACAGUAGAAGGAAUUGUGUUGGACAUGCCUAACCUAAAACAAGAAGUUCAGUUAAAUGCCAACACCUUUGAUAAUAUGAGAAGGCUUAGAAUCCUUAUAGUUAGGAAUGGACAAGUUUCUGGAGUUCCUCAAAAUCUUCCAAAUAAUUUGAGAAUGCUUGAGUGGAACAAAUAUCCUUUAACAUCUCUACCUGAUAAUUUUCAUCCAAAGACACUUGUUGUACUCAAUUUGCCACAGAGUCAUAUUGUAAUGGAUAAGCCAUUCAAGAAGUUUGAGCACUUGACUUUUAUGAACUUCAGUGAUUGUGACACUCUAACAAAACUACCUGAUGUCUCAGAAACUCCAAAUCUAACAAGAAUUCUUGUUAACAAUUGUCCAAACUUGGUUGACAUUCAUGAUUCUGUUGGAGAUCUUGACAAACUAGUCACAUUGAGCACUGAAGGAUGCCCUAAACUCGAAAGUUUUCCGCGCGGCCUAAGAUCGAAAUAUCUCGAAUACCUUAACCUCAGAAAGUGUUCUAACAUUCAUACUUUCCCAAAUGUAUUGGAAAAAGUUGAAAACAUGAAAAAUAUUGACAUAGGAGGAACAUCCAUAAAAAACUUUCCAAGUUCAAUUGAAAACUUCAAUGGCCUUGAAGAAUUAGUAUUGACAUCAUGCUCAAAUGUUGAGGAUCUACCUAGUAAUACAAAUUUGUUUCAAAAUAUUGAAGAACUUAAUGUAGAAGGAUGUCCACAACUUCCAAAACUUCUAUGGAAGUCAUUGGAAGACAGGACUAAUGAUUGGCUUCCAAAGUUAAGUAAUCUUAGUCUCAAAAAUUGUAAUCUUUCAGAUGAAGAUCUUGAGUUAAUUCUCAAAUGUUUUCUACAAUUGAAGUGGUUGAUCCUAUCAGAUAACAACUUCUUGACCAUUCCUGAUUGCAUUGAAGACCUUUCUCAUCUCUUGCUUCUUAACAUACAAAAUUGCAAGCAUCUUAGAGAUAUUUAUGUGCUUCCACCAUACUUGCAAUAUAUAGAUGCAAGGAAGUGCUUGGAAUUGACUCCUCAAUCGUCAGAAGUACUAUUGAGUCAGGCAUUUCAGGAGGUUGAGUACAUAGACAUAGUGGUUCCAAGGACAAAAAUUCCAAGUUGGUUUGAUCAUUGUAAUAAAGGAGAAUCUAUCGCCUUUUGGAUUCGUCGAAAUUUCCCUGCAAUUGCUCUAUUUUUUCUUUUAAGUGGUGAUGAUGAAAGCAGAAGCAAUUAUACAUGUGAGUUUUGCAUACUAAUCAAUGGAAUCCAAGUAUUCCAAGGAAGAAGCGAGUGGCCGGUCGAUCAUGUAUGGCUGUUUGAUCUGCGAAUUCACCUCACCGCGAGCAAGUGGCAAGGCUUCAAUGAACAAAUAAAAUCUGGUUGGAAUCAGGUGGUGAUUUCAUGUUCAGUCAUUGAUGAGUCAAGAAGUUUAAGUAUUAAAUGUUGUGGAAUUCAUCUAUACAAAGAUAGAAUGAAUAUCCACCAUGUGUCCUUCAUAAGUCCUGAUCUUCAUGACUCAAAUAUGGUCCAUGAUAAUGAUAGUUUGGAUAUCUAUGAUGAAGUAAGAGAAGAUGUUGUUUUUCCUACAAUAUUAGCUAAAUAUUUUGACAAGACUAUAUUAGAGGUCUUGGAAAAUCUUCAAUCCAGCAAGAGAAAAAAGGAUAAUGAAUAUGACUUUGAUGAGGAGUUGGAACUGGACAGUGACACUGACAUUGACAGACAGGACAUGGAAGAGGAACAACAUUCAGCUUCUCUCAAUCAUCUAAUCCUUGAAACCUGUGAAAUUGUGAAUAAGGACAAUGGAAAAGAUACCAAUUUGCUUGAUCCUUCGACUGAACCCCUUGUUACAAGUAUCCAUAACAAGGAGCCAUUACUUGCACAAAAAGAAAAGUUGAAGGAGGUUGAAAAUUUUGCAUCAGAAUCAAAUACCAUUGCAUCAACAAGCAGAAACAAGGAAACACAGUUGGAUGAUAAAAUCACUUUUGUUGAACAAAUCAAUGUUGAUUCAAUAAAAAGCAAAGAACAUAUCCUAAAUGAAGACAAUAUGGAAGAAUUUUAUGCAUCACUUGAAGCAGAAACAACUUCUCCUUUACAUGUUCAAGACAACCAAUCCAACAAUUUAUCUGUGAGAAUUAGGCCUAGUGAAGAAACUCAAAAAGCAUUGCAAAUUCUACAAGACUUUGUCACAAAACAAUUUUCUCUUUUGUUGCAUCCCGGACGUUCCGGAUUGAUGAAAGAUAUUCUAAAGUACCUGCUUAGUUUACCAUCAAAUGAAGAAUUUUCUGUUAAAACAAAAUCAGUAUUACUCCAACUUUCACAAAGUUUUUCUCAGUGGAGUUUGGACUACAACAAUGCAAUCCUUAAACUUGAGUCAGCAACAACAAACCUAUCAAAAGCUGAGAAUCUGAAGGAUGAUCUUGAAGCUAAUGUUAAAGAUUUUCGAGAAACGGACAUGGUCGACAAGUUUUUGUCGAAUCAGUUGGCUUGUUUGAUGGAAGAGAAGAGAGAACUUGAAGAGAAAAUCAAUGCCAUAAAAGGUGAGAUUGCAGAUUUUUCAGCUCAGAAAGACAUGGUAGGUAAGAGAAAGAAAGAAUUGUUUCACAAAGGAAGUGUGACGAAAGGUGAAAGGGAUGGUUUGAGGAACCAAAUUCCAAGGUUGAAAGCUGAGCAAGAAUGGGCAAAGAUAACACAAGCUAAUAUUGAAGAAGAGUGGUUAAAGCUUGGAGAACAAUUCAUUGGAAGCACAAAAUUUGAAGAGUGCACCUUAGAACCUUCACAACAUUCCUUAUUUAAUGAGACAAACUCUUAAAAGGAUUUCGAUUGUUUGACUGCAUGCAAUCAACCACAUCUGGACUGUGCGAUUAAGAUCAGAUAGUCUAGAUUGCAAUAUAAAAUUUGAUUUUUUUUUUAUAUCUAAAAUAUCGAGUUUAAAAUAUGAACAGUCCGAACUUGGUCGAAAGGUUCAGACGUGGCUAUUGGGAGAAUUCCUACUUUAGGUGCUUUAAUGUAUUUGAUUGUAAUUCUCUACACUCCUGCUCAUUGUAUCAUGCGUGUGCAUACAUUAACUGUCAGAAAAUAGGGUUUGAUGCCCUUUUUGCUUUGAUAUUCCUCCGUAUAAAUAACGUUACAACAUUUAUAUCUAA